ACCACCAGAAUACAGAGCUUCACUGCCCCAGACGGAGUUCCUACGGUGGAUUCCAGCCUCCUGACCGGUUAGCGUUAAAGACUACAGUGCAAGUAGUCCCCGGCGCCUUAAUUCAAGUAAAAAGACCAGACCAUUCUCGCCACACUGUCUUGAUGACGUGUCGCUCUUCUGUCACGCGGGGGGGAAAACGACCGCUCCUCCCUAUGUUAAAUCAUGCUGGGCCGGCCUACAUGUCUUCUGCGGCUUCUUCGCUGCUUUGAUCACCAUGGUAACAUCAUGACCGCUCUAGCUGCCGGGAGGCCCCCAUUCUAUGGUCGCGUUUAAGCGCGGGAGGUUGCUUCUGUUGGUUUCCCGCUCUCUUGCUUCUCGGGUGGUAGCUGAGGUGCGUUAUGGCUGGCAGACGAGGGGCGCUGAUCGUGUUGGAGGGAGUAGACCGAGCUGGCAAAAGCACGCAGAGCCAGAAGCUGGUGAAGGCCCUGCAGGCAGGGGGGCACCAGGCCGAGCUUCUCAGGUUCCCGGAAAGAACAACAGAAAUUGGACAGCUAAUAAGUUCCUACUUGGAAAAGAAAAACAAUUUGGAGGACCACACAGUGCAUUUGCUAUUUUCUGCUAAUCGCUGGGAGCAAGUGCCAUUAAUUAAACAGAAGCUAAAUCAAGGUAUCACUCUGGUAGUGGAUAGAUAUGCUUUUUCUGGGGUGGCCUUCACAAGUGCUAAGGAGAACUUCUCCUUGGAAUGGUGUAAGCAACCUGAUGCAGGGCUUCCAAAGCCAGACUUAAUUGUCUUUCUUCAGCUGUGCACAUCUGAAGCAGCAAAACGUGGAGACUUUGGAAAAGAACGAUAUGAGGACAUCUCUUUUCAGGAGAAAGUUCUACAAACCUACUACUAUCUGAUGAAAGAUAAGACUUUAAACUGGAAAGUGAUUGAUGCUUCAAAGAACAUAGAAGAUUUACAUGAUGAAAUUAAAUCCUUUGCAAAGGAGGCCAUGCAGGAGGCUCAACACAAACCCAUAGGAGAAUUGUGGAAAUAGAUCUGGUCUGCUGAUUCAUCUUUGUGGGUCAGUCCUCAUGUAGCCAUUACCUCCACUAUUCAACUUCAUGCACCAUAUGUGUGUCUGUAGUUAUUUCUACAAGCCAGUAGGACUUGUUAGAAUCUUAAUUUUUUAAAUUUAACUUCCUUCCACUCAUUUGGUAAACGAAACUCUCAUCUUACAUUGGAAGCAAUUUUGGAAGGACUUUUACUGGAGUAUUUGCAUGAAUGCUGGACCAAGACUGUCUUACUCAUUUACAGAGAUUUACGCUUCAAUAGAAAGUGACUGCUGUUUUCUAAACCCAUAAUUUAUAUAAAUGCUUAAAUUCUUUUGUUAGUAAGGGGCAAGAGAUGUACCAAUAAAUGUCUUUAAGUCACAUAAA